GUUGAUCUGUCACACUGGAACUGCUGCAUUUAUUUUUUCUAGGGAUUGUUUGAGAAGUAAGUCAUUAGAGAUGAGCAUUCCUGUGGUGGAUUUUAGUGUUUAUAGUCUAAAUAAGGAAGAUGCUACAGACGAACAGCUGCGAACCCUGAGUGAGGAGCUGAAAAAAGCAUUUUCACAAGUUGGAUUUGUUUUCCUCGAAAAUUCCGGGAUCACGCAAGAGGAGGUGGACCGUGUAAUGGACAUAUCUAAGAAGUUUUUUCUGCAACCAGAAGAGGAGAAGAAGCCCUUCAGCAGGAAGAGUUUCACUAACAGCCCCAACCACGGCUGGGUGUCGAUGGAAACUGAGAGGUUAAACCCGAGCCGGCCUGGAGACCUAAAGGAGGCCUUCAACACUACAUCAUUUCACCCUGACAUUAAAUGGCCAUCAUCAGAUGCUGUGAGAGGAUUCCAAGAGAUCCAAGUGUCUUUCUUCCAGCGCUGUAAAGAGUUGAGUCUGCGGUUGCUGAGGGUGAUGGCCCAGAGCCUCGGUCUGGAUCCAGAUGUGUUCCUGCGAGCACAUCGAUUUAUAGGAACUGAUGAGAACGGCACGACGUUGCGCUCUCUCUACUAUCCCCCGGUAAGAAGAGAGAGCGCUAAGGAGGGACAGCUGAGAUGUGGCGAACAUUCAGACUACGGCAGCAUCACUCUGCUUUUCCAGGGCUCCGAUGGUCUGCAGGUCUGCACACUAACAGGGGAGUUCAUCUCUGUGCCCACUAUCCCUGGAGCCGUCUUGGUCAACAUUGCUGACCUGAUGCAGCGCUGGACUAGUGAUCACUUGGUCUCUGUGCGUCACCGUGUUUUGCUGCCCCCAGCUGGAGACUCAAGCACUCGUCAGUCUUUGGCCUACUUCGUCCAGCCAGACGACGAGGCCCUAAUCACGUGCUACGAUGGCUCAAACAAAUACCCUCCCAUCACAGGAGGCGACUAUCUCAAGCAGCGAUUCAGCGAAUCGUAUGGAAACAGUUGAAGACGCGCUCACCAGUCGGAUCAAAUGGUGCACAAAUGCCAAAUUUCUCCAGCACAUAACAUUCUUCGUAAAGAUUUGGAUUCCACACCUUGACCUGGAUGCAAAUGGAUCAACAUUUAUAAACAGAUGCGGGGAAGAAAUAUUUUGUUACCUACUAGCAAAACAAUCUAAACUGAAUGAAAUGUUUAAAGGUAUUUUGAAUAAGAAAGCUUUCAUUGACCCCAUGAAGUCAUUCCACAGGAAACUUCCACGUGGCAAACUGUUUUUUCUUUUUCACUGAUGUGUUUGUAAGAAAUUUUAAAUCAGGAUCUAAUAAAACCAUGUUUCCCCUUAAAAUUAA